CAGAACUUUAAGUUAAUGAUAUCCCUUCUUUUCAUCGUCCUUACAAAAUCUAAUACAUCUGACAGGCGAAGCGGAGCCAUUACCAAGCCUAGUUCAACUCGACAGGGGUUUGAGCACGCAAGUCCCAUAGCUUAUUCGCACAUCGCUCCGGACCCGGGAGACUAUACCCGCCACAUGGCAGACCUGAACAACGUUCCGUAAGCAUUAAGAGCCCUACUUCGUGACUGAACCGUGCUAUGAUUGGUUGCUAACUGCUCCAAGUGUUGGAAGAUACAUGAUCUACAACAACAAGAAAAAGAGAAUCAAAAUACCUGCUUCACAAGUCUCCAAUCAUCCAGCCUUUGAGAAACACUUCACCAGACCCCGUCAGUCCAGGACUCGACGCCUGUAUUCCGGGCGUUGCUCAUGCAUCAUCGACAUCGUCACUGUAUUUCUGCGCAAUGGCAGAUUCUACAACCUCCACACCGGCCAGUGUCGUUGCAUAUGUAAAUCAACCAACCUCUUUGCCCGAGCCAUCGCUAUUUACGACUUCGCAAUCGAGUUCCAGCUCCAUGCGCUCGCUAGACUGGUCGUGGAGGACCUUCCCAAAUUCGCAGAAUACAUCAAAUCCACAGACGUCCUCUGUUUCAAGCUGACCUACGGUGAGCCUGUGACACCGGAGUUUGCGGGGAUGUCCAGACGUCCGCGGCUUCUACAGCAUGAAAAGCUUCUCCAGGACCUGGCUCGAUUGGCGAUGGCUCUGCCUGGCGAUACCAGACUUAAUGAGGGCGGGGUAUGAGAGCAGCACCGAAAUUAUGCGUCAUGUUCAUAGUGUCUUCCCUCGAGAGGUUUCAGGUUGAAGCAAUGUAUUCAAUGGGUUUACUCUCUCUUUUUUGAAACCGAACUUCAUUUUGCAAAGUACGAGACAAAU